CGGGGAGCGGGACAGCUAGGCGCGCUCGUCUCCAGGCGGGUUGGCCGGAGAACGGGGAUGGGGGGGCCGGGCUCCUCCGGCUGAGCCGCGCCUGUCACGCUCUGCAGCCGCCAUGGAGAUCAGCCACUCGGUGAAGGAGCGCACCAUCUCGGAGAACAGCCUGGUGCUGCUGCUGCAGGGCCUCCACAGCCGCGUCACCACCGUGGAGCUGCGCGACGAGAGCGUGGCCGUGGGCCGCAUCAUCAACGUGGACGCCUUCAUGAACGUUCGCCUGGGCGAGGCCACCUUCACCGACCGCCACGGCCGCGCCUCCCGGCUGCAGGACCUCUUUGUGACCGGCAGGAACGUCCGCUACGUCCACAUCCCCGACGAGGUGGACAUCCGGGCCACGAUCGAGCAGCAGCUGCAGCUCAUCCACCGCAUCCGCACCUUCGGCGCCCGAGACAAGGGCAGGACCGAGUUCCUUCGGCCGAAGCCAAAGGGCAAGUGACCUUGUCUGGAUGCAGCCGGGCACGCGGGGCAGCCUGCGCUGGAAAUCUGCCCGCUUGGCACGAACCAAGGUCCGAUUCAAAAGGGAAUCAGAUGGUGAUGUUCCUUUCCCAGAAUGUAAGCAUCCAAAUAACACUAUCUACCAAUAAGAUCGGUAUUUUAAGGGUCCUUUUUAUUAAUAUUUAAUUAAUAUUCUUUCCCCAUCCUGAACUGCUUUUUUCCCUCAGGAAUAAACUAAUAAGCUUUAAGAUUCAGACU